AUGGCUCAGCCAUCCAGCAGUGCCUUCGCGACCUGCCUGAACGACGUUUGCGAUGGCCGGUGGGGGUGCGUAGGCUACCCGAGCGACAUCCUGUACCAAAUCAACUGGGUAGAUCGCUAUAACCUCGACAUCAAUAUUGAGCCCGCUGCCGUCACAAGACCCGAAAGUACUGAAGAUGUCGCGGCAUUUAUCAAAAAUCAUGGAUUGGGUGGUGAAGACGGGGCGCUCGUCAUCGAUCUUGAGAGCUUUCAACACUUCUCAAUGGAUUCAGAUAAUUGGCAAGCGACAAUCGGAGCAGGCCACACAUUACACGACGUCACCAAGAAGCUCCAUGAUAACGGUGGUCGAGCCAUCUCGCAUGGCACAUGCCCUGGUGUAGGACUUGGUGGUCACGCUACAAUUGGUGGCCUCGGGCCCUCAUCACGUAUGUGGGGAUCCUGCCUUGAUCAUGUUGUGGAAGUCGAAGUCGUCACAGCCGAUGGGAAAAUCCAGCGCGCCAACGAAGACGAGAACUCAGAUCUCUUCUUCGCCCUCAAAGGAGCUGGUGCCAGUUUCGGCAUCAUUACGGAAUUCGUCAUGCGCACCAACGAGGAGCCCGGUGACGUUGUCGAGUAUACCUUCUCACUGACUUUCUCCCGUCAUCGUGAUCUAUCCCCUGUAUUUGAGGCGUGGCAAAAUCUCAUUUCUGACCCUGACCUUGACCGCCGUUUUGGGUCCGAGUUCGUUAUGCACGAACUGGGUGCUAUCAUCACUGGCACUUUUUUUGGCACUGAGGAAGAAUUUGAGGCAACAGGCAUUCCUGACCGCAUUCCCACCGGGAAGAAGUCCGUAGUGGUCAACGACUGGCUCGGCUCGGUCGCGCAACAAGCCCAGGAUGCAGCCCUAUGGCUUAGCGAUCUGAGUACCGCCUUCACUGCGAAGAGCUUAGCAUUCACCAAGGACCAGCUCCUCUCCCCCGAAAGCAUCACAUACCUCAUGGACUACAUUGACGACGCUAAUCGGGGCACCCUCAUCUGGUUUUUGAUUUUUGAUGUGACAGGUGGCCGUAUCAACGACGUCCCGAUGAACGCUACGGCUUACCGUCACCGCGACAAGGUUAUGUUCUGCCAGGGCUACGGUAUCGGUAUUCCAACACUGAACGGCAGGACUCGCGAGUUUAUUGAAGGAAUCAAUUCGUUGAUUAGGUCAAGCGUGCCAACUAAUCUGAGUACCUACGCCGGGUAUGUCGAUGCCAGUCUGGAUAGCCCUCAAGACUCGUAUUGGGGCCCAAACCUAAACACAUUGGGUCAAGUAAAGAAAAACUGGGAUCCUCAUGAUCUCUUUUCAAACCCGCAAAGCGUACGACCUGGGCAGAAGAGUGUUGUCAAUUAUUUCGAUGACAGGACGUCAUCAAACGGCUCGGAGGACUCCAGCGGCGGGUCUAUUGGUGGUACCCGAGAUGAACAGGGCGGGUGCUGGAGCUGGCAACGCAGCGGGGCUGCUUUUGCUGUUUUCGUCGCCCUGUUUGUCGGUCUGGUUUUGGGGGUUUUCUAA